AUGGAGAGCCUGGCCAGUGUUAACACCACAGAAGUGACAGAAUUCAUUCUGGUGGGGCUGUCUAAUCACCCCAAAGCCCAGAUUGCCUUCUUCUGUGCCCUGGUUGUAAUUUACUCAGUCACACUGGUGGGUAACAGUGUCAUCAUUUUUGUAGUCAGAAUUGAUGGGCAGCUGCAUACCCCCAUGUAUUUUUUCCUAAGCAACUUGUCCUUCCUUGAUAUCUGCUACACCACCAGUUCUGUGCCUCACCUGCUCUCCAAUGGCUUUAGAGACUUCCCUACCAUCUCCUAUACCAGCUGCUAUGCCCAGAUGACCAUCUCCCUCUUCCUUGGGAUGACAGAAUGUCUCCUCCUUGCCGUCAUGGCCUAUGAUCGAUUAGUCGCCAUUUCCAAUCCAUUGCGCUAUACCAUCAUCAUGAACAAUCGAGUCUGUCUGCAGAUGGCCGUAAGCACCUGGGUCAGCGCCUUCUUCUUAUCUGUAACGCCAAUCAUUGCUAUUCCAGCUCAUUACUGUGGGCACAACGUCAUCAACCAUUUCACCUGUGAGAUUCAGGCCAUGCUGAAGCUUGUCUGCUCAGACACUCCCAUAAAUCUCAUCCUGGGUCUAGUCAUCAGUGUGGCAACUCUGCCGCUGCCUUUCAGCUUCAUCCUCAUCUCAUACAUCCGCAUCGUCGUAGCUGUGCUCAGGAUCCGCUCAACAGAGGCCAGGCUCAAAGCCUUCUCCACCUGUAGCUCCCAUUUGACUGUGGUGACCAUUUUUUUUGGGACAGCCAUCUACAUGUAUGUGAAACCCCAGUCAAAAGAGUCCCAGGAUCAGGACAAAAUUGUCUCUGUAUUUUAUGGGGUCGUGACACCUAUGCUGAAUCCCCUCAUUUAUACCCUGAGGAACAAAGAUGUUAAGGGUGCCUUGAGAAAAAUAACUAGGAAGAAAGAAUCCUGA